AAACCCUCUAACUUGGCAGCACCACAGUACGGCAUUUGUUUAUUUACAUUUUUCCCCACAAAAUUUGCAAUUUUUAUGAAAAAAAAACAACUACCUUUUUAUGAAAUACAAUGGAUAUUUCUAAUUCAAGUGAUAUAAUUAUAGAAGAAAUAGAUAGCAAUGAUAUAUCCGAAUCAGAGUUAUCGGAGUUCCAAGAAGCAAAUCCUUUAAAAGUAGUAUCCAUACUACAUAACAAUGAGGAAGAGCCGGAUCAAGAAAUGCUAAGUCAACCUUCAGAAGAGGAAGAAGGACAAUUAAUUAAACAAUUGGGUGGAGUAGGUGAUUUUCCUGAUAUUUACACAAAAUUAGAACCACACGAAGAAGAUGAAGACGAGCAAAUGGAAGAGGAUGAAGGCGAUGAUGAUAAUGCUGAAGAAGAAGCGACAAACACAAAUGAUGAAGGUGGUGGCGGUGACUCUGGUGGUGUGGUUAGUAAAAAUGUUAAUACCUGUUUGGAAUUAGAAUAUGGAGAGAAUGCUAAAGCACGAGGUUUAAAAAAACGCAAAAUGCCGACUGGCGAACAAGCGGCCGGCACCAGCAAAUCUUCUAGAAUGGGCAGUGGUCCCGGCCGACGAAGACCUCAACUUAGUGCUGCUUUGCAAGGCUUAAUGGGUGAGGCUAAUUUAUGCUUUGCCAGAGGACAAAUACAAAUGGCCGAAAAAAUCUGUUAUGAAAUUAUACGACAAAAUCCUUUGGCUGCUGAACCUUUUGUUACCUUAGCCGAAAUCUAUGAGUCUCGUGAUACAGAAAAGUUUCUCAAUUUCCUUACCAUAGCUGUACAUCUAAAUUCGAGUGAUCGCUAUCAAUGGAUACGUAUAGCUGAGAUGCAUAUAGCUCAGGGUAACUUACAAAGAGCUCGCAUCUAUUAUACUCGAGCUAUUAGGAUACACGAUUCUGAUUAUGAUUUACGUUUGCGUAAAGCUCGUCUCUUGGAAAUGAUGGGUCUAAAAUCGGCUGCCAUGUUUUGCUAUUUGAAAAUGAUACCCCACUGUCCGCCCGAAGCUCAUGAAUUGUGUCUGGUAACGGCGAAAAAUGUGGCCAAAUAUUUUCAUUCUCUGGAUAAGUACACACAAGCAUUGGAAGCCAUGCAGACUGCGUAUUUUCUAUGUGGACAUAUUUUCGCUUUGGAGGAUUUGAAUUUAUACAUGGAGCUGUGUAUUUUGAAUAAACAGUAUAAAAAUGUCCUCGAAUGCCUUAAAGAGCGCACCAACUUAGAAUUGGAAACCGAAAAGGAUGAUCAAGUUGAUUUAGUAUUCUAUUGCGUUAUACCCGAUGACUUUGUGCCAGAUUUUCGUGUAAAGCUAUGUGUGGCCCUAAUCAAUCUCAAGGCCGAUCAUUUACUCGGCUAUUUAAUACAAAAUAUACACGAACACAUACCGCCUUUCGAAAAUGAUCGUUUAAAUUUAUAUUGUGAUAUAGCAGAAGCGUUAAUGCAACAGCACAAGUAUGCCGAGACCAUUGCCCUGCUAAGACCCAUUACCGAUGGUGAUUUCAUAGAAUGUCCAGCUUUUGUUUGGCUUAGACAGGCAGAAUGUUUGCGUCAUUUAAAUCGCUGUAAUGAAGCUAUAGACAGUUAUUUUAAAGUCGUAGAAUUGGCGCCAUUUUGUUAUGAAGCUAAAUUUACACUCUCCGCUCUGCUGAAACAGCAGGGACGCCAUAUAGAAGCUGUUAAGGCUUUGGAGCAAUCAGGCGAACAAGAGGGUCAGCCUUUGCAUGCUCGCCUGCUGUAUGAACGUUGUAUAAUGCUGCAGCAGAUCAAUGAAAUUGAGGAAUUCUUGGAAAUUGGUUAUGUUUUGUUGGGCAGACAAUCACUUAAAUUCCGUAAUAGAGAAGAAAUUUUAGCGGCAGCAAAUGGUGGCUCAUUUUACAAUCCUGAUGGUCUUAAGAAUAUCUUGCAAAUGCGUAAUAUUAUAGGAGAAGACGCCGACAAAGCCUUGGAGGUGAGCAAAUCUACAAAUACAUCGGCCUCCGACAAUUUAUCGGUACACGAUGAGUAUCAAUUGUUUUUGGAAUUAAUGCGCAUAGGAUUUUUGCAUAAAAACUACAGUACUCUGCAGCGUAUGUGCUUUACCAUGGUAACCACCAAACGUUUUAUGUGCUAUCAUAACGACUUGGAGCGGAUCAUUAUACUAGCUUGUUAUUUUAACAAUGAUUGCACUUUGGCUUUUUCCUAUUUACGUGAAUUAAUCAGCAAAAAUACUGCUUCGAUACCCUUAUGGAAUCUCUUAUCUUUGAUGAUACAAAAAGGGCAAGAUUUACGUUAUCAUCGUUAUAAUCGCCAUAUAGCACGUAAUCCCUUGUCUAAACAAAUGCGCAUCUUUGUGGCACACUAUCAUUUGCACUGCAGUUCAUAUAAAUAUGCUCUUAAUGUUUAUGUGCCCAUGUUUAAGGAACAACCUACCGCUUUAAUAGCCUUAUGUAUAGCCUGCAUAUUCCAACAGGUUUCUUUGCAAAAGAAAGUUUUACGCAAAUGUGCUGCUGUCACACAGGCCAUAGCUUUUGCUCAUAAAUAUGCUGAACUGAGAACAAGUUCUACGUCGACGCCUGAAAAUUGUAUAGCAUAUCAGGAGAUUAACUAUAAUAUAGGACGUAUUUAUCAUCAAGCUGGUCUUGUACAUUUGGCCGUGGUAUAUGAAAAGGCCUUAAGUUUUCAACAUCCUAUGCUAGAAGCCAAUAAGGAGACAGGAGGGGGGAGCAGGAAAGAGUCCAGACAACUGUAG